AUGCAAAAGCAGAGAAAGAAGAAACCGACUCGUGCACCCGUGCCCAGAGUGCGCACGGGAUGCCUGACCUGCAAAAUUCGACAUAAGAAAUGCGACGAAGCCCGCCCAUCAUGCAUCCUAUGUACAAGCACCGGACGCAAAUGUGAUGGAUAUCAAAUAGUUCCUGAUCGCAGAACCCGGCCCUUCCGAAAAUAUAGGAUGGUGCCUACUUCCCAGACCCAAGUAUCACAGCACAGCCUUUCAGACCCGAUGGACCUGAUCUAUACUAGCUCCUUCCUAGUCAACCCUAAUGAGGCUAUUCUUACCCCGCGUGAGCGCCACUAUCUGGACUACUUUCGGCUAAACACGUCCUUCCAGUUCUCUGCCUACUUUGGUAUGGACUUCUGGCAUCGAAUUGUUCCUCAAACUAGCCAAGUGGAGCCAGCCCUGCAACAUGCAAGUAUCGCCAUGGGAGCGUUGCACUGGAACUUUGCCGAAAACAAAUCCGGGAAUGAUCCGAUUGACAAUUCUUUCCCUUUACAGCAGUGCAACAGAGCCAUUUCAUGUCUACACCAUACCCUCGCUAUUGAAAGCCGCUCACACACGGAAACUGCCCUAGUCACAUGUAUUCUAUUCGUGUCUUUCGCCUUUUUCCAAGGAGACAUCUCCGCUGCCAAAAAUCUACUGCAAGGGGGUUUGAAAGUAUUACGAGAUUGGAAGGAACUUGAUAUUUCUUCUCAUUUUGAAUCUUCAACGAGGAGGAGCUUGAUUCAAGCAUUUUCACAUUUGAGAUUUCACCUAAGGACUUUCACUGAUUCUGAAAUGCACUCUAAAUUAAACGAGUGGCCAGCAGACUGUUGGGUUGAAUCUACAGGGUUUAGUCUGUCUGAGUCGAUUGACAGCCUGGACAAGGCAGCCUGUCUGGUUUUCGACAUAUAUGCACUGGUAACUCCAGGAAAUAAUCAAAUACCCAGUUUUCCAAGCAAAUAUCAAAAAUUAAUCCUGCGCAAGUUGCAAACUUGGGCAACAGAGCUCAAAACUUCAUUUGAGAGCCGCGCAAAUGGCAUAUCCAUUAAAGAACGUACUACCAUGACUGUCAUACAGAUAUGGAGCGAGAUCAUUUAUAUCAUGGUGGCAGUGGAUAAGGGACCUGGUGAAAAAUGUGAAAUGAGAUAUGAUCUGUUUCAAGAUCACUUUCAACGAGCAGUCAACAUGUCCAAGCUACUCCUAACCUCAAGUUCUCUUCGAUCUCUAAUGCCCACCUUCUCAAUCGGAACAGGCAUUAUCCCGCCUCUUUUCUUUUGUGCAUUCAGAUGCCGGGAUUGGGUUGUGCGACGGGAUGCAUUGCUCAUGCUUCGCGGAUGGCAAUGCCAGGAAGGUAUAUGGAAAACGCCUGCAACAGUCUUUAUCUUGGAACGUCUUAUAGAAAUUGAGUCUGAGGGGCUGUCGCCGCAGGAUAUAGUUCCCGAGUCCGCACGUAUUGAGUCUAUGCACGUUGAUAUUUCUCCCAUAGGCCAGAAAGUGCGAAUAUGGUAUCGUCGGAAUCGACACUGCGGUAAUCAACGCUGGGAGAGCGAAUUUGCCUCUUUUUCUUACUAA